AUGAAACAAAUUCUCAUCAUACUAGUUUUUAUCCUGGUCUCAUUAACGCAGAUAAUUUUGGCACAUACCAUUGACAACGGCACAUUGCCUACAAGUUUUACUUUGUCAGUUGAAUCAAUAAACGAUACGGUCACCAUAGAUUCUACUUUGACGUCUCAAUCAGUUAACGAUACAAGCACCAUUGACUAUGAAUAUAACCAAGCUAGAGAGAUAUUUGGAAAGCCAUCACCGAGCAGAAAUUUUUCUGUUUUACCUUUGAUAAUGAUUGGUGGCGCUCUUAUAGGGCUAGGUGGUGUUCUGGUAGGAAUGACGAUACUUAUCAGAAAGAAUGAAUCGACGAAAUCAGCUGUAUCUACUCAAAUUUGUCUUGAAAUUUCUUAA